AUGUCAUUCCUCCACCGUCUCCUCUCGCCCACCUACUUCCCGCCAAAACUCAUCCUUGCCCGCCAUUUCUCCCAAGACCCCGCCACCAAUCUCCCCCUCUCUAAUCUCUGCUCCUUAAUCUCCCAAUCCUUAGAGAAUGGCGACCGCUCCCUCAAAUCUCUCCAGCCCUCAGCCAUCUCCCAUGACCAAGCAAUGGCCGCCGUGGCCUCUCUCUCCGCCACCGAAGGAUCGAUGGCUGCCCUCUCCUUCUUCCAUUGGGCUACCUCUCAGCCCAAAUUUCAAACUUACUUCAAUCUCUACAUAACAACCGCAGACUCACUCAUCUCCAAUGGCAAUUUGGAGAAAGCCCAAGAGGUAAUGAGAACUAUGGUUGAGAAAUUCUCCGAAGCUGGGCGGUUCAAAGAGGCGGUCGAUAUGGUUUUUGAUAUGAGUAACCAAGGAUUACCUCUAGGCACUCACACCAUGAACCGAAUUCUUAAGAUUAGUGUCGAUUUGGGUGCAGCGAAUUUUGCAGAGAGGGUGUUUGAUGAAAUGUCUCUUAGAGGAGCUUUGGCAGACGUUACUAGUUUUAGGAGUUUAGUUACAGGGUUUUGUCGUUCAGGGGAAGCUGGUAAAGUUGAGAGGUUUCUGAGAUUAAUGGAACAUGGAGGAUAUUGUAUCGAUAAUGUGACGUGCACUUUGGUUGUUGAUUUAUUCUGCAAGAAGGGUUUGUUCAGAAAAGUUCGUUGGGUGUUUGAGAGAAUGUCUGAGAUGGGUUUUUCUCCUAAUGUGAUAAAUUAUACUGCUUUGAUUAAUGGGUUAGCUAAGAAGGGAAGUGUGAAGCAAGCUUUUCAAGUUUUAGAAGAAAUGGUAGCAAAAGGACUAAGACCAAAUGUUUAUACUCAUACUAUACUAAUUGAUGGAUUGAUCAAGAUCGGAUGGACUGAGAGGGCAUUUAGGCUUUUCCUUAAGUUGGUUAAGAGCAAUUCUUACAAGCCUAAUAUUCAAACUUAUACCGCAAUGAUUUCUGGGUAUUGUAGAGAAGGAAAGCUGAGUCGAGCUGAGAUGCUAUUUAUUCGAAUGAAAGAGCAGGGUUUGGCUCCAAAUAUUAAAACUUAUAGUACUCUUAUAGAUGGGCAUUGCAAAGUUGGAAAUCUUGAUCGUGCUUUUGAAUUGGUGAAUUUAAUGAGAGAACAAGGUUGUUUUCCAAACAUGUGCACGUAUAAUUCGAUUAUUGAUGGACUUUUCAAGAAGGGAAGGCCUCGAGAAGCUUAUAGAAUCCUUCGAAAUGCACUGCGAGAGGGAUUGGUGCUUGAUAAGGUCACUUACACUAUUCUUAUUAGUGAGCAUUGCAAGCGAGAAGAAAUCAAUCAGGCUCAAGAAGUUUUUGAUCAAAUGGUUAGUGUUGGUUGUGCCCCUGACAUCCACACUUAUACCACAUUAAUCGCUGCUCAAUGUAAGCAGAAGAAUAUGAACGAGAGUGAGAGAUUGUUCGAUGAAUGCAUUAAGCUAGGUUUAGUUCCAAACAAGAAAAUUUAUACCUCGAUCAUAAGUGGUUACUUCAGGGACGGAAAGGCAAAUUCUGGUUUGAGAUUUUUUGAUAGAAUGAUUCAGAGUGGAAUCGGAGCUGAUUCCGUUACUUAUGGAGCUUUAAUAAGUGGGCUUUGCAAAGAAAAUAGAUUAGAAGAGGCUAGAGCUCUAUAUGAGCUGAUGCUCGACAAGGGUUUGGUUCCUAGUGAAAUUAGUCGUGUAACUUUACCUUAUGAGUAUUGCAAGAGAGAGAAGUUAGAUGUUGCGAUUUCGUUAUUGGAGAGAUUGGAGAAGAAACACUGGGUUCGGACUGCCAAUAUCUUGGUUAGAAAGUUGAGUUCUGAUGGAAAAGUGGAUGCAUCACUUUUAUUUCUAAACAAACUGCUGGAUGAAGAUCAGAGUGUUGAUCAGAUAACAUAUGUUGCUUUCGUAACUGGGUGUUAUGAGAAUGAUAGGUAUUCUGUUGCGUCUGAUCUAUCUGAGAGAUUUUCAAAGCGAAGAGGUAGUUUUCAAAAUGCUGCCAUAACAUGAGAUGUGAUAAUUGUUCACAGAUCUAAAAUGUGUUAAUCUCUUGGUGAAAAGACUGUAUGAGUCAAGGAAACUUGUAUGUGUUAAUCUCUUGGUGAAAAGACUGUAUGAGUCAAGGAAACAUGAGAUGUGAUUUUACAGAUCUAAAAUGUGUUAAUCUCUUGGGAAGACAAAUGGAUUGGUAAUAACACAUUAGCAAGUUUAUAUGCGUGUUUAUACAAUCUCUCUUUGUCUACAAAUGUUUCUACUCGUAGUCAAGGAAAUUUUCAUGAUCAUAUAUGGCAUUGGCAUCCAAUUUUGAAGAGAAGCAUCUCAUCUGUAUCUUCCACUGCAAAGCUAGAGCUCAUUAAUCUUAUUGGUUUGCACAGAGUUACCAAUCAAGUGGAUGUUCCUAAAUGUUCUCUUACAUCAAGUGGCUCUUUCUCAGUCAAGUCUUUGUAUGUUUUCUUAAACUCUAGAGGAAUUCCUUCUGCCAUUUUCAAAGUUAUAUGGAAUCCUAUAAUGCCUAGCAAAAUUCAGUUUUUCACAUGGCUUUUAUCUAUGAAUGGACUACACACCAAAGAUAAUCUUAUGAAGAAAGGUUGGCAAGGGGAUCCUACUUGCUUAUUAUGUGGUACACAUCCUGAAUCUAGAGGUCAUCUUUUCUUCUCAUGCAAUAUAGCUAAAAAAGUGUGGAAGCAUUUCAGUGAUUACUAUAUGCCUUUCAAAUGGCCGACAUCUCUCUAUGACCUUCUUCACUCUGUAGAGUCUCCACAAAAAAUUGAUGGGAUCUUAUGGCGCUAUUUUAUCUUCGGUUUGCUGGAAUUUAUGGUCUACAAGGAAUAAUUUUAUUUUUGAACAGGUCAACUUCUCUGUUCAGUCCAUUAUUAACUCAACUAUCAUUGGAUUAUAUGAAUGGACAGAUUCUGGAAGAGGAAGUUCUGAACUCAAGUUAGCAGCUGCAUUAGAAGUCAAGCCAAUCUCGAGGAGCAGUGGAUGAUAGCAUAUGUUAGUCUUUUGUGUUGUUUGUGCAAAGAACAUAUUUUGUGGUCCUCCUUUUUGUUUUUAUUGGAUUAUAGAAAAUAUAGUUUCUUUUUACUAUAUGUAUGGUCGGCUGUGGUUCUUCCCUAUAUCCAUGUCUACGGUGAAUGACGACAAGGCCCACUCUUCACCUUCAUGGAUGUUUGGAAGAAGAAGGUUAUACAUCACUAGUUAAGAGAAAUUAUAUUUUCUAUCUUCUAAUUUCUAUGGAUACAGUUCGUAUCCUACUCUUGUAGCUAUACUUUUGAUAUAUAUUAAUGA